AUGCCAGAUUACUAUCUAGACAAAGCUAUCAAAACGGGGUUAUUUGAUUAUGUAUUUGUUCAAUUCUACAAUAACCCUCCAUGCCAAUAUAACAUAGCAACUUCUGAUGCUACAUUGCUUUUACAAUCAUGGAAUGCUUGGACAUCGUUGGUUCUACCAAAUAAUACGGUUUUCUUGGGAUUACCAGCAUCACCUAAUGCAGCUCCUAGUGGUGGUUAUAUACCACCGAUUGAUCUUAUUACUAAGAUAAAGGUGUAUCUUAUAAAAUCUGCUCUUCAAUUUGUGACACAAGUUUCCGAAGCAAUAGCCGCAUCUGUCUCCACGGCUUUGAACGCCUUGUUGCCAAAUUAA